UCAUUACCCUCUUCUUGGAUGAACGUAUGUAAAAAAAAAAAAAAACCCACCCUCUCUCCAUCAGAACUCCUCUUCUUGGAUUCUCAUCUUCUCUGUUUAUAUUGUAUUUUGGUCUUUUCAACUGAAUUAUCAAAAUAUUGGGGUAGUUAAUUUCUAGGGUUGAAGUUGCUAAAUGGUUUGAAGAAGUGGUUGUUUGAGAAAUCUAAGAAGACAUAUUUGAGACAUCAUUAGCUGAAGAAAUUGUAUGUUCUUUGCUGAUUAUUUUUGAAUUUCUUCAAUUAUCUUCAAUCCGUGAGGUGUGGGUAAAUAUCUUCAGUUAAUAUCUUAUUUUUUUCUUUAAUCCGUGAGGUGUGGGUAGUGUAUUUGAUAUAAGCUAAGUUCAGGAAACUCCUAUAUAGGCUAAAAAAUUGUUUAAUGCAACUAUUUUAGAACCCCUUUUGUGAUAUUCAGCAAACAAUUAAAUUGGGUCCUUUAUCGAAGUGGGUUUGAAAUAAUUUUAAGCUUUUUGGUUGGGUCUUUGCUUUUCUUGGUUCUACAAUAUCACUUUUCUUCCCUAUUGUGGUUGCCAAAAGGAAAAGCUGAGAUUUUCCUUUUUCCUUUUAUUUUCUCUGCAAUUUCACUCUUGUUGGGUGCAUUUUAUAGUGAUGAUUUUAUAUAGUAUUGUGAAAUUGUUUUUCUGGACCUAAUGUUGGAUCUAAACUUGUUUCUUGUUGUAAUUUUGUGUAUAACUUUAAUCGACCAUAUCUUGAGUGACUAAAAAUUACCAUGGAAGUGGCUAUAAAGUAUAGAAAGUUUAUCUUUUUCUCAACAUGAUGUUUUUGAAUGCCUGAAAAGAUAUAGUUAAAAAGCCAGAGGAAGUGCUUCGUAAAUGUAGUUACAGAGGAAAAUUUUGUUGGUUUCAGUUAGUAGAAUAAUGUAUUUUUGGAAGAAUAUUCAUGUGAUUAAAUUCAAAGGAGAAGGCAUUAAUUCAAAUAGUAAAUGAAGAAAUCUCUUUAGGUUCAUAUAGCGUAUUUUAUUGCUAUUCUAGAUCCUAAAAUUUGAAAUAAGCCAUCUGCCAGAUGUAAAUAAGCCUAUAUAUUUUCAUAUAAUUGCUUGACCUAUUGGUUUCUUGUUGAUGAUGUGAAAAGAAUUCAAUGGUCUUGGCUAACAGGAAAAAGAAAGUUUUUUUCUUUAAAGGUUUUGAUUGUUCUCCCAGAAUCCUAAGUGUUCUUCUACGACACUUUGUCACUUCGUAGACGAUUGGUUCGACAUCGCGGAGCCCAGUUUUUUCUUUAAGGGUUUUGAUUGCUCUCCUAGAAUCCCAAGUGUUCUUCUACAACACUUUGGUCACUUCGUAGAUGACUGGUUCGACAUCGCAGAGCCCGUGAAUCGCUAGUGUGAGGAUUAAAUGGAUAAUGGAGAUAAAAGUUGGAUGAAUCACCUAAGAUGGACAGAAGAGUAUGCUGCUGGAGUGAAUUAUUUUCUUGACAAGGCAUUUGAACGAGCUUCUCAAGGAAAUGAGAUAUUAUGUCCCUGCAAGAAGUGCAUGAAUCGCUAUUGGCAUUACAGAAAUGUGGUGGAGGGUCACUUGGUUGUUCAUGGGUUUGUUGAUAAUUACACCAAAUGGGUUUUUCAUGGAGAAGGGGUUUCAUCGAGAAAUACACUGCAUCCAAUAAAUGACGAUGAAGGUUCUAACUUGCGUGAUGAUAUUGAUGGACUACUUCAUGAUACAUUUAGAAAUGUAGAGGGUGAGUCAGUGCAUGAAGAAGGAGUGCGACAGGGUUUAUCUGAAGACGCAAAGAAAGUUUUUAAAUUAUUGGAGGAAGGGAAACAAGAGUUAUAUCCGGGUUGUGAAAAUUUCAAUAAAUUGAAUUUCACCAUUCGGUUGUACUUAUUUAAAUCAUUACAUGGUUUGAGUAAUGUAGCAUUCUCAGACUUGUUAGAUUUGAUAAGAGAGGCAUUUCCCUUUGCUCAGAUACCAGAGUCUUUCAAUAAGGCCAGAAAAGUGAUUAAAGAUUUGGGUCUUCAUUACGAAAAAAUACAUGCAUGCCCUAAUGACUGCAUGUUAUUUUGGAAGGACAAUGAGAAAGUAGAUAACUGCUCUGUCUGUGGAACUUCUAGAUGGAAGAGUGUUGGUGAUGCCUCGACUAAUUCACGCUCUAAAAUUCCUGCGAAGGUUUUAAGGUACUUCCCCUUAAAGCCUAGGCGUCAAAGGAUAUUCAUGUGUUCUGAAACAGCUGUUGCAAUGAGAUGGCACGCUAAUGAACGACCCAAUGAUGGAAAUUUAAGGCAUCCUGCUGACGGGGAAGCAUGGAAGGAUUUUGAUCGUUUGUACCCAGACUUCUCUCGAGAUCCUCGUAAUGUUAGAUUGGGUCUCUCAAGUGAUGGUUUCAACCCAUUUAGAACCAUGAGUAUUUCUCAUAGCUCGUGGCCUGUUAUGUUGAUGAACUAUAAUUUAUCACCAUGGAUUUGCAUGAAGUCGGAGUAUAUCAUGUUGUCAAUGAUCAUUCCAGGCCCAUCAUCUCCAGGAAAUGAUAUAGAUGUGUACCUACAACCACUAAUUGCAGAAUUGAAGGAACUAUGAGAACCUGGGAUAGAAACAUAUGAUGCUGAAACCGACUAAACAUUCUGAAUGCGUGCAGCCUUAUUGUGGACAGUUAGUGAUUUUCCAGUAUUAGCAAUGCUUUCAGGAUGGAGCACCAAGGGAAAAUUGGCAUGCCCUACUUGUAAUUAUGACACAUGCUCUCAAUAUCUCAAACAUAGUCGUAAGAUGUGUUACUUGGGUCAUCGUAGAUUUUUUCCUUCUGAUCAUCAAUUGCGAAAAGAUAAGAAGUCAUUUGAUGGUAAGGAGGAGCAUAGACCUGCACCUACUCCUUUGUCGGGUAUAGAAGUGCUUGAAGAGCUGCAUGAAUUCAACAAUGUGUUUGGAAAAGGCAAAAAAAAAAGGCCUCGAGAUAAUAAGGGUCCGUGGAAAAAAAAAUCUAUUUUCUUUGAAUUGCCAUAUUGGGCACAUAACAAAUUGAGGCACAAUCUUGAUGUGAUGCACAUAGAAAAGAAUAUAUGUGACAGUUUGCUUGGGACUUUACUGGAGAUAGAUGGAAAGUCAAAGGAUCAUGUAAAUUCUCGCUAUGACUUACAGGAAAUGGGGAUACGAAAGGAGCUACAACCAAUAGAGGAUAAUGAUGGAAAUGUAAGUUUGGCUCAAGCUUGUUUCUCCAUGAAGCCCGAACAGAAAAGGUUGUUUUGCACCGUCUUGAAAAAUGCCAAAUUACCAAAAGGAUGUGCUUCUAAUAUAUCACAUCGUGUGCAAGUGAAGGACAUGAAAAUAUCGGGGUACAAGAGUCAUGAUGCUCAUUUUAUAAUGCAUUACCUGCUCCAAGUUGUCGUUAGAAAAGUGCUGCCCAAGAAUGUUUCAUUAACCUUGAUUAGAUUGGGCAAUUUCUUUAGAGCCAUAUGUAGUAAGGUUAUAAGAAGAAGAGAUCUUAAGAAACUGGAUUUUGAAAUUGUUGAAAUAAUAUGUGACCUCGAAAGGAUUUUUCAUCCAACAUUUUUUGAUAUAAUGCCACAUUUACCUAUUCAUUUAGUGAAUGAAAUUAAGCUUGGGGGUCCGACUCAUCUUCGCUGGAUGUAUCCCAAUGAGAGGCACCUUUGUAAGUUGAAGACGUUCGUUCGUAAUCGAUCUUGUGCAGAAGCAUCAAUAGCAGAGGGUUUUUUGGCUGAAGAGUGCUUGACCUUUUGUUCACGAUACCUACGCGAUGGUGUGAAGACAAGAUUUAGUAGGUACCAGACUGAGGAUGAUGAAUGUGUUCAGAAUUUGUCACCUAUAUUCCCUAAGAUAGGUCAUCCAAUUGGAAUUGAGCAGAAAAAGGAUUCGACUUUUAUGAUGGAUCCACAGUUACGUUAUGAGGCACAUCGGUAUGCUUUAUUCAACACUGGAGAUGAACAAGUUGAAAAGUUUAUCGAGGAACAUAAGAAUUUGAUGAGUAAUCAUACUAGAUCAAACGCAUGGGCAAGAGCAAGGAAUCAUAGUCGGGAAUUUAGCAAUUGGUUUGAAGAGAAAGUUAAAAAUGUUAAAGUACCCGAUUAUCUAAUAUGGCUGUCUAGAAUGCCUAAUGUGGUGGGCAAGAGAUACACUGCAUAUUUCAUUAAUGGAUACCGAUUUCAUACAAAAAGUCGGGACGCCCCACGAAAGACUCAAAAUAGUGGAGUGACUCUAGCAGCAACAACAGAUAGUUUUGCUAGUUCUAGGGACCAAAAUCCCAUAGAUGGCGAGGUUAUUUAUUAUGGAGUGAUUCAAGAUAUCAUUGAGAUUGAUUAUUAUGGCCAUUUUAGUGUUGUACUGUUUAGAUGUGAUUGGUUUCAUAAUGAAGUAGAUGAAUAUGGGUUAACUCGGGUAUACUUCAAUAAGUUAUGCAGUAAAGAUGAUCCUUUUGUGUUGGCAUCACAAGUUCAUCAAGUUUUUUAUGUGGCGGAUCCAGUUGAGAAAGAUGUUUAUCAUGCAAGGAAUAAAGUCCCUGUUGAUUUGUAUGAUCUAGAGAAAGAGGAUUGUCCUAAUAUAGGAGACACAUUUUGGAGGGAGCCUAAUGAUGACAUUGGUCCAUCAACUAGAUUAGAUGACGGUGACAUUAGAUGGUCAAGAGAAGAUGUGCCCGCUGAUGUCGUUGAUAUUCCAUCUAAUGCACAACAUUCAGAAGAUACAAUUAUGGAAACAUCGGAAGAGGAGGAUGAGUUCGAUGAUACUGAUUGGGAUUGGAUGGAGGAAAAUGAUUAGACAAUAAAAGACUUGAGUAAUCAUGAAUCAAGACGGGAGUUCAAGAAAACGCAAGAGAGUUAAGAACUCAAACUUCAUUCCACCUGGAUCAGUUGCAUCUUUGCUAAGCCAAAGGGUUUUGAAUCACAGGCACAAGCCAAACUCAAAAUACAUUUCAGAUGUUCAUGUUACAAAGUCAAAUGAAAAGCAUUAAAAGCACAAGCAGAACUCAAACUACAUUCCAGCUGGAUCUGAAGUGGAACAAGUGCAGCAAGUGUGUCCCGAUUCUAUCUAUCCUGCAGCACAAACAGUACAUGAGCAAGUCUUGUUGGAUUCCACAACUGCUGAAUCAGGAGAAGCACAAGAACAAGUGCAACAAACCUCACAACUUUCCAGUAUUCCUGCAUUACAAGCAGUUAAUGAACAAAUCCAACAAGAUCCACAUGAUUCUACUAAUCUUGAAGCAUUUACCAAUCUGGGGAAGGAGGCAAGAUUUUACAGAUUUAAACUACAUGCACUUGAAAUUAGAAUUAUUCUUUAGCUUAUAAAAUCUGAUAGUUGUUCGCUAACUUUGAUUUUAGCAGUGUGAUUGUUCAAAAUUUUGUUUACUGGCGAUUUUGCUGCUUACUUUUCAGUUUUAAGCAGUUCCAUCUCUACAUUUCAGUAAUACUUUCAAACUACGCCGCUGACAUCGAUUUUGAUGGUAGAAAAUGCUCGCUAACUUUGAUUUUAGCAGUGUGAUUACUGUUCAACCUUUUGACUGGAUUUUUCCUUUGUUACUGUGGAUUUUGUUGCUUAUUUUUCAGUUUUAAGUAGUUUAAUCUGUACAUAAAAAGAUCAUGUGUGCAGCUAGGUUUUUAUUUUUAUUUUUUUAUGUGAGUGUUGGUGAUAAUUCCUCCAAGGAUCCUUGGAAGCAAAUGAAAACAUGUACACACAAACUGGCAGUAGCAACCAGUUCUACAGGUACAGUAUAUGGCCCUUGCUUCCUCUUUCCCAGCUUCUUCUCUUUACCUUGUUGGCUCAUGUAAAGUCCCACCUGCAGGUCCAUUGUAGUACCAGUCUAGGCAUUUGGAACUUGCAUAACUGCUGCACAAAUUCCCUUGAUGAAGCUAAGACAUUCUACUGAAACCAGCAGCAAUUUGCCCUAUCAUUCUUGCACAAUCUGAACUGGUUUGCUGCAGUUGCUGCAAGUAGCACUUGCAGCCUUUGUUUGUUGUUUCUCAAUACCCUUGUGUCUGCCCUGACACCAGAAGCCUGUUAUGUUUUUUUUUUUUUGUUGUGUGUGUGUGUUCCCUUGUAACUUGAUCUUGAGCAUCUGAUAAUUCAAGUCAGUCCAUUUCUACUUGAUGCAGUAGCUGAUCAACAGCAGCUCUGAGCACCAAGUUUGCUGUGUUUUUUUUUAUAAGACUUCAACCUUCAGCUUUACACUUGAUUGCCAGCCUAUCCUUGCCAAGGCCCUUCCACUCAGAAAAUAAAAAGAGGUGGAACACAAAUGCAAAGUGUACAUGGACGGAGUGAGCGCAAACUGAUCGUGCUAAAUGAGUUGCACCAACCCAUUGGUCCUACUGAAGCAAUUGUUAAAGAGUUGGGUAGCUUCCUUGGCACAUUGGCAAGGAAUGGGACCUUUUGUCCUCUUAAUGUGCUUAAAUGGAAGAAAUUGAAGACACAUGAUGAUAUGUGGAACUAUACCUUGGAGAAAUAUGACAUUCCUAAAGUAGCGAAAGAAUAGACUUUGCGAACAAUUCAACUUGCUUGGAGAAAGUAUAAGAAUGGGUUGAAGAAGAAACACUACUAUCGCUACGCCAAUGACGAACUUCGAAUGGCAAAAAGGCCUAAAGAAGUUUCAGAAUCUCAAUUUAAGGCUCUCCUCGAAUAUUGAAACUCCGAUGCGGCUCAAGACAUGUCCAAAAAAAAUACAGAGAAUCGAAAAAAGUUGAGGUAUCCACACACUGUUGGCGAAACAAGUUUUGCUAUAAUCCGUGAG